AUGCCUUCUACGACCUCCAAACCCAGGCGAGAGCUGGGCUCUCCGCGCCUCCUCCGGCGAAAGUUGUCCUUGUUUAUACUCAUCUUAUUUGCAGCUCUCUUCACCCUUCCUCUACUGCGACACGUCCGAAACGACACGUGUUCGACUUCUCCAUUUCUGCUUCGGGCAGGCGUGUGUAGCACGAUUUUUCACGCUGUGUGGAACCUGUUCUAUCACUUGGGGGGAAACGGUCCCUGGAUCCGCAAAAUACAUGGGGUUAACUAUUACGAUGCGCCUUUACCCAAGAAAUGCUCGAUCGAUCAGGUCCACAUGUUAUCACGGCAUGCUGAACGAUACCCGACAAAGACAGCUGGCUCCCGCCACGUCGAUCUCCUCAGCCGACUUCAGGGUCCGGAGGUAAAUCUCACCGGGUCGCUAUCAUUUAUCAACGACUGGACCUAUUUUACCGAUCUCUCUAAUCCUUCAUUCGAGAAUCUAACCGCCACUGGUCCGUAUGCUGGGACACGACAGGCAUCGAAUACGGGCAGGGCUUUACGGCAACGCUACAACCACCUUGUAUCCAACGGCCGCAGGACAAAAUUCUGGUCUUGCAGCUCUCCGCGGAACGUUGAGACUGCAGAACAUUUUGCCAAUGGAUUCUUUGGCGCGGAAUGGAAGUCUGAUGGUUCAGCUGAGCUGGUGAUCAUUCCCGAGGAUCAAGAUCGAGGCGCUAAUACGCUUACCCCGGGAGAUACUUGUCUUAGCUACCGCGCGGACAAAGAGUAUGGUCACGACCAUGGAUAUGUGAAGCUGGCGGAGUGGCAGGGCAUAUUUUCCCAAGCCAUUGCCAAGAGACUUGCCAAUGACGCCGUGGGAAUGACGUUCAGUCCUCUUGACAUCUAUGGCAUGAUGGAAAUGUGCGGAUUCGAGAUUCUCGCAAGGGGAAACAGUCCUUGGUGCGAUGUCUUCCAACGUCAGGAGUGGCUCGAAUUCGAAUAUGCCCGAGACUUGCUACAUUACUAUCGAGCUGGUCCGGGCAACAAGUUUGGUGCAGCAAUGGGUUGGUUGUGGCUCAAUGCGACUCAGCAGCUCAUGUCAAACCACUCGUCGGAAGACGUCUACUUCAGCUUCGUCCACGACGGCGACAUUGUCCCUGCGUUGGCCACCUUGGGAAUCCUCAAUGAGCCUUUGGGCCUGCAUGAUCUGCCUACUGACCGGCUAGUGACCGAGCGGAACUGGAAGACAAGUGACGUGGUACCAAUGGGGGGGCGGUUGAUAUUCGAACGUAUAACUUGUCAGCCGAAUGGAGGGACAACAGCAACAGGGCCGGAGCAUGCCGUACGGCUCUUUAUCAAUGACGGUCUUACCGACUUGACCAAAUUGACCAACAUGGUGCCGUUCACCCCCGUAGAAGGUGCUGUCUCGUUGGAGAGUUUCCAAAACACCUUGUCCAUGAAAGGGACACAGCUGGGGGAUUUCCGAGAAAUCUGCUCUUUGCCAGACGACGCACCUCAUCGCAUCGAGUUUUUGCAUCAAUAG